AUGAGGUCUAGUAUAGCGGCACUGCGUUAUGCUAAGAGAUUACCAUUGGUGGUAAGUCUAAGCUGCAGAAAGUUGGCCACCACUACUGCUCCUAUUACUUCUACGCUACCUUCGAAUUACAAUCAUAUUCGAAAAGUCUUUGAUGAUCAAAAAUACUUUAAUGACUUUACCAGGCUUGGCUCUAAUUCCACUUUGUUCAGCACUCCACAGACAGGUCUUUUCCUGAAUGAACGGUUGACUACUCCACAAGGGUUGGUAGAAUUCUCAAAGAGUUCAUUAUCGGAAGCAAAACAGUUAGUUAAGAAUAUGUUGUCGGAGGCAAACACAGUCGACGGGCAACUAAAAUAUAUCAAGAAAUUGGACCAGUUAUCAGAUAUCUUGUGUCGUGUGAUAGAUGUUGCGGAGUUUAUUCGAGUUGUACACCCUGGUCUGAAAUGGGUGAAUGCUGCUCAGCAGACUCAUGAGAUUAUGUUUGAAUUUAUGAAUCAGCUUAAUACCAAUGUUGAACUAUACACCAACCUUCGUGACAUUCUAAAUAACCCUGCAAUAACCAGACGGUUAAGUGAAGAGGAGAUCAAGGUAGGAGAGUAUUUGAAACAAGACUUUGAACGCUCUGGUAUACACAUGGAUCCCCAAACCAGAGAAAAUUUUGUUACCAUAACUCAAGAAAUCUCAUUGCUAGGGUCACAGUUUGGUAACCAGAUAAAUAACCUACAGUCUUACUGGUGCACGGUCAAUACUUCAGAAUGGGAAAGCAUAGAAGACCCACAAUUAAAGAAGGAGAUUAAACUGUACCAAUCAAAAUAUGAUGGCCCAAGAACCACAGGAUCAAUGUACGUACCAUUAAUCGCUAAUAUCCCAUACUCCAUUUUGACAAACUGCAAGUCAGAUUCAUUGCGCAAAAAAAUAUGGAUAUCUUUACACAACUCGCCAGAGGAACAGAUUGAGGUGUUGAAUAAAUUUGUAUCUUACAGAGCAUUAUUGGCCAGAAUGUUGAGAUAUAAUUCAUUUGCGGAUUAUCAAUUGGAGCAUAAAAUGGCAAAAAACCCAACAAAUGUUAUUACAUUCUUGUCAAAUCUUCAAAAAUCACUCAAAGAAAAGGGAGUUGUAGAAGAGUUGAAACAGUUGUCACAAUUGAAACACGAGUCAACGCCAGCGGAAGAUGUUGUCGAAGAUAUUAAACCAUGGGACAGGGAUUACUUGUUGGGUCAAUUACAGAAGCAUAGACAAGCAGCUUCUUCAUCUACGGGCAACAUAAAUGAGUACUUUUCUAUAGGUACGGUGAUUGCGGGAUUAGAUAAACUUUUCAACGCAUUGUACGAUAUUUCCCUUGUUCCAGUUGCUGCAUUGAAGGGGGAAACAUGGGAUUCGCACCAAGUUCGUAAAGUCAAGGUUGUUGAUAAUCUGAGUAGCAAAACUUUAGGGUUUUUGUAUCUUGAUUUUUGGUCUCCAAAAGUAUUACCUUCACAUUUCACUAUUGUGUGUCUGAGACGAUUGAAUACAUCAAUCGAUAGUGAGACUAUUGGCGAAAUGAACCAGUUGGUACAAUUGGAUGGAGAUUACCAAUUGCCGGUAGUGUCACUUGUGUGUAAUUUUUCUAAGGGCCAUUCAUUUUCGAUUGGUAGAUUUGCUGGAAUUGAUAAUGAAAAGCCUACAUUAUUAUCAUUGGAUCAAGUGGAUACAAUAUUUCACGAAAUGGGUCAUGCCAUGCACUCAAUGAUAGGACGUACCGAGCUACAUAACUUGUCAGGUACUAGAUGUGCCACUGACUUUGUUGAGUUACCUUCAGUUUUGAUGGAAUCUUUCAGCAAGGAUCCAAGGGUUAUCUGUGAAUUAGGAUGUCAUUAUGAAACAGGUGAGAAAUUACCCCCAGCACUACUUGAAGAUGCCCACAAGCAUAGAAUAAUGUUAGACGCCUGUGAAACAUUUAUGCAGUCAAAAAUGGCUACUUUGGACCAGAAAUUGCAUGAUGAAGCUAUUGUCAAGUCCUUAGAAAAAGGGUUGUACGAAGUCGAUUCUACUGAGAUUUAUCACAAAGUUGAAGAAGAAUUGAAAGUGUUUGCAGAUAAGUGGUCAACUUGGCACGGUAAAUUUCCACAUUUGUUUUCAUAUGGAGCAGUCUAUUAUUCAUAUUUGUUGGACAGAGCCAUUGCUGACAAGAUAUGGCGUGGUUUGUUUGCUGUUGAUCCAUGGAGCAGAGAAGCAGGUAGAAAAUAUAAAGAGAGCAUAUUACAAUGGGGUGGUACUAGAGAUCCAUGGGAAUGUCUUGCGGAUGCUUUAGAUAUUGAAGAAUUAAAGAAAGGCGAUUCCACUAGUAUGAAAAUUAUUGGUUCUGAUAGUAAUUUAUGA